AUGUCGAGUCAACUGUUGAGUGCAACACGUCCAUAUUUACAGCUCUGUUCGGUGCUUACGUUGACCUUGCCACCCAAUUUCCACACUUUGCCGGAGCAAAGGCGACGCCGGCUCCUCUUCAUAUUUGCUUGCUAUACGCUCCUCAUUCUGGCAAUCGGUGGUUAUGUUACGUAUAUCAAUAUAUUGGGAGUGUACUUUGAGAUCAAGUUAUAUAAACUGGAGGAAUUUACCAAUAUUCUGGAAGUAAUACAUACGAUAUUUUUCACAAUACUGUUGGCAGCCAUUCAUCUGAAUAUGUUGCUGCAAUAUCGACGUCUUGGUUCACUGUAUGUGGAUAUUGCCCAAGUUGAGAGAAACAUUUUCGAAGCGGCUCAACCUUAUAAAGACUUAACAAGAGUUUUCAGUUUCCGAUGGCGCCUAGCGUUGAAGUCUGGACUGCUCAUGGUAUUUCUGGUCGUCACUCACUCCUACAUUACGGCAACUGGUCUUGCAAAAUCUUUGUCUUUGUACGAACAAAUCUUAACCAUAUUCAUUCUGGGGCUUCUCCAGUUUAAGUGUGUAGAAUAUUGCGUGUUUGUGCAAUUAAUACACGAGCUAAUACUCUCCCUUAAACGGCAACUACAGCAACUUCAUAGAGAGAUGGAGGAUUGCGGAGAAAACGACGCCUUGUUGCAGGCUCUUUGCAGCGCCUUACGUUUGAAUCAGCUAUUAUUAUUGCGUGUGUGGGCCUUGGUGGGCGAACUGGAGGCCUACUUUAUGUUGCCCAUGCUCCUUCUCUUUUUCUUUAAUGCAGUGUCCAUAUUUUGCUUAGUUAACUGGUUAUACAUACAGUCGGUGAAUCAACUCGAUUUCUCUCGUAGCUGGCGCCUGUACAAUGUUUUGGUGUUGGUGGUCAAUCUCUUUGUUCCCUGCUGGCUAGCCCAGUCCUGCAUCAAUACGUAUAAUAGUUUUAGCAACAUGUUGCAUAGUGUGGAACAUGGCAAUUCACGAAUGUUGAUCAUGCGGCUGAGGGAAUACGCCUUGCAGCUGCAACACCUCAAGUUGCUUUUCACCUGCGGCGGACUGUUUGACAUCAACUUGAAGUAUUUUGCAGGUCUGAUUGCCACCACUUCGACCUAUGUAAUCAUUCUGAUUCAAUUCAAACUGCAAGCAGAUAUUGAAGCUAAACAAGCAGCCAACAAUGCUGCCAAAGUCCCUAUUCCGCUCUCGUAA